AUGCGCGUGGGCUGCUUUCUCCUCGUCGCUUCGGCGGUCGCCUUCCGCGAGGCGGCGGAUCUUCAGAAGAGCAACUUGAGCAGCAAUGGCACUGAGAACUCAGCUGCUCUCCAUCGGGACCAGGUUGCCCACCACGCCGCCCAGCAGUCGAACGCCACAAAGGCGGCUUCGAAGGCCACCACAGAGGCUGCAGCUACGGCGAAGGCCGCCGUGGAGGUCCUCCUGGAGGAGGGCAGCCGCGCCAUGGUGGCAAGCCGUGGCUUGCACAUCGUCGGUGCCCUGCUUUUCACAAUCUGGUUCUGCGCGGUCAGCGCCCUUGUGACGAUUCCCUGCUGCUGCCUUGUCCGGGGGCACCUGAAGUCUCGGGAGCUGCGGGAGAAGCUGGAGAACUUGAAGCUCCAGCACCCGGCCCACCUGAACAAGCAGCCUGCGGCCACGCUGUCGGAUGGGAUGAUGCGUCUGGCCCAGGAGGACUGCAUCAUCAUCAAGGAGAAGGUGAACAUGCUUCAGGAGGCGACCGGACAUCUCCUCAACUACUCCAUCCAGACGGCGAACGCUUUCGACGUCUUCUCUGUGUCGGACAGGCAGCAGGGCGAGCAGAUCCUGUCUUGCCGAGAACAGCAAGAUCUCCAGGCGAUGGUGGGCAUGAAUCUGGCCGCUGGCCUCCAAGCUGCCGGCCUCGAUGGAGCCGGGGCCUUCGCGGGCCGCGACAAGGCGCCGUUCAAGAUGAUGAUUGGGUUGCCACAAGGGCCACAAGGGCCGGUGCAGACCAACACCAUUCAGGUGCAGGUGCCGGAUGGCGUGGUUACGGGUCAGCAGAUCCAAGUCACGGCGCCAGAUGGGAGCCAGAUGCUGGUGGCCGUUCCUCCAGGCGUGGCGGCGGGGCAGACCUUCCCCGUGAUGCUCCCCAAAAAGGAGCCGUCCUCGCCCUCCUCGCCCAUGCAGAACCUCUUGGGAAUGGCGCAGGGCCUCGUCCCGGGGGCCAACACGGACGUGCCCUUCCUCUACUUGGACCGGCCCUUUGCUUUCGACAUCAUGUGCGUGAACCGGCCCUCAGUGGACGUCUACGAUAUGCGCGGUGGGGCUCAGGUGAAGAUCGGCGUCAUCUCGGACCCCUUCGCCUGGGUGGACAUGACCUUCGGGAUUCACCUUGGGCCAGCGGCAACAAAGGACGUCGCGCCGGUCCUCAAGGUGAAAGGCGCAGCCUGCCAGCCCGGUGCCGUCUGCCAGCUCUGCGGCCUCUGCUGCGGGUCUGCCAUGAAGUUAGAAGCUCUGCUGCUGACACUGGUUAGCCGUAUCUUGGAAGUGGGGUUCAAGGAACCUUACGAAAAGUUCUCUUGGGCAAGGGGUCAGACAGCUGUGACGAAGGAGUGCCAUUGCAUCUGUGAUUGCCAGUGCAGUGACGCAUUGAAUCCGAUUUUAUUGCUGCUUGCACUGAUUUGCCCUGCGAUCAACCUUGUCUGCUUCUGCAGAAGUGACCGAGUAGCUGUUUUCUACAGUGACGAUACUUACUGGCAUGAGCGAGUCUUGAUCUGGAAGGCGAGUGACACUUCUUGGUAUGUUUUGACUCCUGACAUGGACCUUUAUGAAGAGAGCUUUACAUUGGUUGGCGACGACGGUCCUGUGAAGAUGAAGGUGAAGGGGAAGCAUUUUGAAUAUUAUUCAAGACUGCGUGCGCCAGUGUAUAGGUUUUCUUCUGGCUUGACCGAAGAGGAGAUGAGGACCUACAUCGAGAAGGCGCUAGACGAGCUGAACAUGGAGGUCGUGCCUUUAGAUGGCUGGAGGCCAAAAGAGGUGCGUGUGGGUCAGAGGGUGGUCCCAACCUCGGUUCUUCUUGGCAGGAGAUUCGUGCCCAGGCGCGUUACCAGGCCGCCCGGCGGAGCUGCGUCAAGAGGUGUGGUGGACCAGCCGGAAAGAGCCACAGAGUCUUCAGCAGAUCUGCCUCUGGGGCUUUUGCCCCUCGAACCAGCUCCUGCAGGCUACAUGUGGGUGUGGUUUCCCCCCCUCAGACCCGGAGCUGUCGACAUUCCUCGGGAGGUGGCGGUUGUCGAGGGUCAGGGGGUUCGAGCAGGGGAAGAUUUGGGUCUCAUCAAGCGGGGUGACGGCUGGCUUCCUUUGACCUUAGUCGCCAUUGACCAGGCUUCGGAGAUUUUUGGCUGCUACUUGGGGCGACAGAGGACCUCCGAGGCCUUACAUGGGGAUGAGGGCCUACCUUCGGCCAGGAAUGCGAAUGAGGAAGGCGCCGUAUCUUCUACUGAGCCUUUGGAUGCAAGGGUCCUUGGUGUGGAUUACAACUCUGUAAACGAAAGACACAAACAUUGGCGCGAGGUUGUCAAUGAGUGCAAGCAGUAUGAGUUCCCCGACUGGCCUCUUGAGGGACCGAUGAGCGUGGGCCACCUUAUUCGACAUUUCCAUAGCUUUGGAGGUGAUCCCAAGAGAUGGCUCCUUGAAUGGAUGCGUUCCAAGAACAUCGCGGAGAACGACCGUGUGGCUCACGAGAUGCGAUGUUUGGUGGACGUCAUGUUCACAGCUGGUUGUUAUGACCAGUUGAAUCUAUGCUCCCUCGCGAGCAUAGAAGUGGUCGGGCGUCGAAUGCAAGCUAUCAUCGACGCCUACACCUUGGGAGGUGCAGCCGGGCCUGACUGGCAGAACGCCAAGGUUAUCGCCGGUUACCGCAGUGCAGAUGAUGCGGUGUCACCAAGCUUGCGGUCGUGGGCAGCCAGGCGCACCAAAGAAGAAAUUGACAUGGCAUCUUCUCGUGCUAAGAUCCGUGAGCAUCGCAAAGGCCUGCUGGUGACCGAUGAGGCUGCAGGUGCUGUGGCAGACGGCGUGUUGCCGACAACCGGGGCAAAGGCCAAAGCCAAGGCGAAAGGCCGUGGCAAGGGGCUGACUGUGCGCCGGGAAAAAACUUUGGGGAGACGGGUGGCGCAGCGGGUGGCCAGACAUAUCCAGCAGACAACCAAGGAGCGCGAGGCCGUGAAGGCUCUCAACUGGAUGGCUGGCUACAAGGAAGAAUUUGAGAAUUCACAGUUUUCACCAGAUGCUCUUCAGUCGGAGGUGAUUGGGAGAGUUCGUUAUCUUGCUGGGCUAUGCCAAGACAAAGGUGAAUUGGCAGAGAUCCCUAAACCGGAGGCAGCCCUUAAGGCGUUGCUCCGUGGCCGGUCAGAAUACUCUUCUGACGAGCCGACUACGUUGGCGGCCUGCUCACUUGCGCGCAUCUCGCUUCCUGAGUCUCUUCAUGACGCACCGGCGGUGGAGAGUGUCUUGGAUGACGAGGCCCGGCAUUACCUGCAGAGCCCCGAGCAUAUGUUAAAACCAGGCUGCGAAACGGGCCUGGGGGAGUUUCAACCGUACUGGGAUCCACUCUUGAGGAGGGACGCCAAGCUCUACAAGAAGUUCAUCCAGAAGCUGAACCAAGCCGGGUACUUGGUGUUCACGCAGAACCCCAAAAGCUUCUGUGGAGUGUUUUUCGUCAGGAAGAGCGACGGUCGCAAAAUUAGAAUGAUCAUUGACGCCAGGGGUACCAACUCCAUGUUUCGACCUCCCCCUGGCGUUGAUUUACUUACUUCAGAUGGUUUUUCGAGGAUUGAGCUCAACAUCCCAAGCCAUUUCGUCCCAGGCAGUGCCGACUACGACGACUACCUUGACCGACACCGUAUUAGCAUAGGGCUCAGUGAUGUAAAAGAUUGUUUUCAUCGGCUCCGACAACCUAGGUGGCUUUGUGAUUAUUUUUGCUUGGAUGGGGUGCCGGCUUCUUGGGUGGGGCUCGAGAACACAUAUUUGGACAACCAGUGGCUUGCGCCCGACUCGAUCGUGUACCCGGCCCCAGGCUCUUUACCAAUGGGGUUCACUUGGGCCCUAUACUUCGCGCAACGCGCAAGCGAGGUCCUCAUGACCAAAGUACCAUCCUUGCAAAAGUCCACCUUGGUCCAUGACAGGUCCAGCGCCAUCGUCUUUGGAGAGGGCCAGUCCGUGAAAAACGAGGCAGGCGAGCCGCGCCCUGUGCACCAUUAUGUCUACGUUGACAAUCUAGGGGUCCUCAGCGUUAACCAUGAUACAGUGGAGACGGCCUUGCGAGAAGUAGAGGAUGUCUUCGGUUCUCACAAGCUGAUCCUGCAUCCAGGCUUGGUGUCGAGCGGCACUACGAAGGCACUGGGCUGUGCUCUCAGAGGAGACCUUCUGGCUAGUCGGGUCACGUCAGACAGGUAUCACAAACUACGUCAAGCCAUCCAAGGAGUACUUGAACGUAAGCGGGUUUCUGGACGCAUUCUUGAAGUGCUGGUAGGCCAUGCUACGUUUGUUGCCUUGAUGAACCGCCACGUCCUCAGUGUCUUCAACACGGUUUACCGUUAUAUUAACGCCCACUACCACAAACCAGCGCCAUUGUGGACCACAGUGAGAGAGGAGCUUUCGGUUUUCAGGGGGCUCAUGAUCUUCUUGCAUGCGGACUGGGCACGACCUUGGAACACCUACGUGACUGCCACAGAUUCUUCUUUGGAAGGUUUCGGGGUUGUUUCAAGUCAUUGGCAGCAGCAUGAGGUUGCCAGUGCCGGCCGAAAUCUUGAGCGGGCCCGCUUCAGAAAGCUGGGGAGUCAUUCAGCGCGCGCCUCAGCGCUCACAGCAGCGGGUUUUGUUCAUGAUGAAGUUACAGAUCAAUGGAAGGCCGGCUGGCUGGACAGCCCCAGUUACCUGGAGCACACAGGCUGGGCAUUGGCUCAGGAGUUCAAGGAAAUUCCUGGAUAUCUCUUGCAGGCUGAUCGCUGGACGCCCCGGCUUUGGGGAAAAUGGCAGCACUCUGCUGGGAUCCUGGAGCUCGAAGCACGGGCCUUGGUGAAGGGGCUCAAACGUAUUGCCAUGAGCACUUUCGGGCAUGAUGUGCGGCAGCUCUUGCUCACAGACAACAUGAGUGUUUGCCUCGCCUUUGACCGAUCUCGCGCUCGCAGCUUCAGCCUCCUGGUGCAAAUCCGGAAAUUUGCUGCAUAUUGUUUGGCACGCAACAUCUACUGUGUGGUUAGGUGGGUUCCAUCCGAGCUCAACAGCGCGGACAAGCCAAGUAGGCUCCACUCAGAAGAAGCUAGCAAGGAUCUCGCGCAUGCCAUCCCCCAUGUCCGCUGGACCCCGCCGGGAAGCAGUUCUCAAGCCUCCAGUGGCAAAGAGUGUCAAGCCAAGGCCCAAGUCCAGGAUGCUGGAGCGACCGCAGCCUUCAACUGCUUCGAAGGCGAGGGCGUCGACCCUUGCAAAGACUGGUCCGGCCGAAGCACUGAUCACACCGCGGAAAGCGGACACGUUCAGCCUGUUGACGGUGCCCCUGGAAAGCGAGAAAGUCAAAGCAAAGAAACGAGAGCAAGGCGCCGAGCGAAAGCCAUGGUGGAUCACCACUUGGACGGAGUGUCGCAUCUGGAACAGCAAGCUGUUGGAGAAGCGACCUCCAAGCAGUACCAGAAGGAGCUUCAGUCCUUCCUCAGCUUUGCAAAGCCCCGGGGAUUGGUGAUGACCAAUGCCAAGAUAGUGGACGGGCUUCUCGUGGACUACAUGAACCGGAUGUAUCUGGACGGCCAUCAGAGCUACCGAGCCGACAGGUUGAUGGCUGCCAUUCUCCACCGCUUCCCACAAUUUGGCCGGUUGGGGGACCAGAAAUUACCGCGGGCCUGGCGAGCGCUCAAGGGCUACAGACGGCUGACGCCGGGGAAGUCCCGGUUGGCCUACCCCUUAGCCUUGUGGGCAGCCUUUGCGGUGGAGCUGAAGCGCUUAGGAUGCCUGAGGAUGGCUCUUUUCAUGCUCCUUGCUGUGAGCACCUACGCCAGGCCGUCGGAGCUCCUUCGGGCAAAAGUGUUCAGUCUGGUGCGGCCCGCGCGAGGGAUCACGAGCAGCUGGUCGUUACUGCUGGCGCCGGAGGAGGAGGAGAUAGCCACGAAAACGGGGGAUUACGAUGUCUCGAUCCCUCUGGACAGCCCGUGGUUGAAAGGCUGGAGCCACGCGUUAUUCGACUGUCUGAAGCAAUCCCACCCAACAGCACCCCUCUGGGAUUUCAACUACCAAGAGUACCAGCUCAUGAUGAAGCAAAUCUCGGACAUGUUUGGUGUGGAUGUGACGCCGUAUCAGACCCGGCACUCGGGUCCCUCCAUCGACCGCGCUCGGCAAUACCGCAGCCUCUUGGAGGUGCAGAAGCGCGGGCAGUGGAAAGCGCACAAAAGCGUGGCGCGCUACGAAAAGAGCGCCAGGCUGGCCAGCACAUGGGAGUCCCUACCAGAAAGUUUCAAGACCCACGCCACGCUCUGCGAGCAAGACCUUGGGGCAAUUCUUUUGGGGCGAAAACCAGCCCCCCUUUUUGCCACAGUCGCAGGCCUGGGCAGUAUGUGA